UUGAAGGAGCUGUAACAAAAUAUCACAUUUUAGAAACAUCUGAAGAAAAGCAUAUUGAUCCAUCCAACAAACAGUGUACAACAAAUUGCUGACAAAUUUUCAACAAAUCCCUGGGUGUAAAAAACAAUUGUGAUGUAACAUACCCUAGGGCCGGCCCUGCAUCCAUCAACAAGAUCCUCCACGAAUUCCAUCGUAGAAUUGAUUGGCAUUGAAGCUGAUUUGCGAUGGAUUUCUGGCAGAGAGCAAGGACCUUCGCGGAGGAAGCGGCGAAGAAAUCGCAGGAGCUGACUCAGGGGCUCGGCUCGGCUAACUUCUCCGACGUCGUAUCGGAGGCUUCCAAGCGUUCCAUGGAGUUAGCCGCCGAGGCGUCCAAGUUUUCCAAGGAAUUCGCUUCAGAGGCUCUGAAGCGCGCCGAUCAGAUCUCGGCACAGAUUCCGCCGCCCGCCGUCGUCCUGAACAAUCUCGUCGAUGCCGCUCAGAAAGGCGGCAACGAGCCCGUUGACCUUGAGAUGUUCGGUAUUACGGACGAGUUGAGGGAGUUUGUCAAAGGGAUUACUCCCAAUACUUUCAGAGAUUUCCCUCUUGUAGAUGACUCAGAGGUAUCUGAUAUUCCUACACUUUCGAAUGUUAGACAGGAUCUCACCCAGUGGCAAGAAAAGCAUGCCAAGAUUGUUCUCUCAACUGUGAAGGAAAUCUCAAAGCUAAGGUAUCAGUUGUGUCCACGAGUGAUGAAAGAACGGAAGUUCUGGAGGAUCUAUUUCACUCUUGUUAACAGUCAUGUUGCACCAUACGAAAAGCGCUACACAGAAGAUGUAAAUCUCAAGGCAGCUGAAAACGUAAAAGAUACUGAGGUGAAGGGAAUUUCAUCAAGUGUGGGAACUGAAAAGGAAGACGAGAGUUCAAAAUCUAAAAAUAAUAAAUCGAAAUCAUCAGCUUCUGAGCAGGAUUUGGACGCAUUUCUUCUUGGAGACAUCGAGGACAGUGAUGAUGGUCCAGAUAACGAUAAAGAUGAUUUGGAUGAUGAAUUUGACAAUCUAUAGCUCGGUCCACACGAAGAUGAGAAACAUUAAACGCCAUAAAACACUCUACAAUAUCAUUGAUGCUUCUAGAAGAUUGCCGGUAAAGCACUUGUUUAGUGAAGACUACGAAUGAGGAAUCAAAACUGUGGCGAUACUUGUUAAGAAUAGUAAAUCCUAUCUUCUCUUGUUUGUUUUACUAAGAUGUCUCUCAUUGAUUCUUUUUUUUUCCCUCAGUUUUCUUCUGUUGUAUCAAAAUUGUUAGCAAUUGCUUGUUGAAUGUUAAGAAAGCGACAUAUCUUUUGAUGUUUUUGCCGCAUUACGGCCAUUUGCCCGAACGGUUGUCUGAUUUUCUUUAUUACAUGUGUGUGUCUAAUGAAACAUCUUUGAAAUAUGAUUAUUCACCACCAGAUACAUGGGGGGUAUGUAUUGAUUGAUGGAUUUCAAGCUUUAGGAUUUUAUAACAACAUUUCUGUUGAGCUU